CGCGGCUCGCAGCCACUGAUGGAUCCUCGUCGGAAUGGGUCGGACGCUCCCGGGCUUGGCGCCGGUGGUGGCCGACCUCCCGCAAUGCCCUCGGCGCAGGAGACCUACUAUUCAUCCGCCGCGCAUCGCGUGCUGACUCCACUGUCGUGGGAAGGCUACUUUGACUCCAAACACACGACAUCAAAGGGCUUCACCUAUUAUCGCAAGGGCACGACUGGGCCCAAUGUUCUGCUCUUGCAUGGCGGUGGGCAUUCGGCUCUCUCCUACGCCUGCUUUGCCAAGCUGCUGAGCGAACUCUCUGACUGCCAGAUCGUUGCGUACGACGCUCGUGGGCAUGGUGCCACACAAGUCACGGAGGGAUCGCCAGAAGAUUUGAGACUCGAUCGUCAAGUCCAAGAUUGUCGCCACAUUGCCGAAGAGGCCCUGGACUCCGCAGCCAAAACCAUCAUUAUUGGCCAUAGUAUGGGAGGCGGCGUGGCGGCACACGCCGCGCAUGGCGGCUUUCUGCCCAACCUUGCUGCUGCCGUAGUCAUUGACGUCGUGGAAGGAACGGCCCUGGACGCCCUCAGCGGCAUGAAGUCCUUCCUGCGGUCGCGACCCGCUUCCUUUGCCUCCGAGGAGGAGGCCAUCAAGUGGAGCAUCCGCUCAGGCCAGCUGCGGAAUACCGAGUCGGCGCGCAUCUCCAUGCCUGCACAGGUGCGCCUGGCAGAGGAGGGAGAAGCAGAGGAACUUGAGGAGCAAGCCAUACCCAACACCAUCGUUGAAGAGGAGGAAGAGGAGGAGGAAAAUGAGCCGGGGGUGGGCAGCGACAGUAGUCGGCGGUCAGGCAGGCAACAAGAAGGCGUUCUUCCACCCGAAGAUGUCAUGUUUGCCAAGCCACAACGCCAGGCUGCACCAGCAGAGAAGCAGCCCGGGAAAUAUGUGUGGCGCGUGGACUUGGUCAAGUCGGCGCCUUACUGGCAAGAAUGGUUUGAGGGUUUGAGCAGCACGUUUCUGCGCAUUCCGGCCCUGACCAUGCUCAUGUUGGCUGGUGUUGAUCGUCUCGACAAGGAGCUAACCAUUGGGCAGAUGCAAGGCAAAUUCCAGCUCCAGCUUAUGGCAAACUGUGGGCACUCCGUGCACGAGGAUGCUCCAGGCCAAGCAGCCGCCGCAAUUGCCGACUUUUUGGCUCGCUUCAAGCUGGCGACACGCAAGCAUCCUGCUUGAAUAGACCAUUUGAAUAAAGGGGCACCCGUUUUCCAGCCGGGCAAGAUGUUGCAUAGCGCUGUGCGCUCUGAUACCACCCUCUGGAUAUGUUUGCAUUUGUUGCUCGAUCUGUUUGCUGCUUAACGAGAUGCGUCCACGAGACCCUCACGCAAGCGCAUCGAGCCACACAAAAUU